GGGCUGCGCGGCGGCGCUUCCGCGUGUGUGUAGGUGCUAGGUAGGGCGGGCGGCGGCGGCCUGGGCAUGGAGGAUGGCUCCGCUCCUGCUGCAGCUGGCGGUGCUUGGCGCGGCGCUGGCGGCAGCAGCCCUGAUACUGAUUGCCUUUGUUGCAUUUAUAACUGCUACAGAAAUGCCACACCUUCACCAACAUGAAGAAGAAAAGUUCUUCUUAAAUGCCAAAGGCCAGAAGGAAACUUUACCCAGCAUACAGGACUCACCUACCAAACAGCUUUCUGUGGUUGUGCCUUCAUACAAUGAAGAAAAACGAUUGCCUGUAAUGAUGGAUGAAGCCUUGGGCUAUCUAGAGAAGAGACAGAAACAUGAUCCUACAUUCACUUAUGAAGUGAUAGUAGUUGAUGAUGGCAGCAAAGACCAGACUUCAAAGGUAGCUUUUAAAUAUUGCCAGAAAUAUGGAAGUGAUAAAGUACGAGUGAUAACACUGGUGAAGAAUCGUGGGAAAGGUGGAGCUGUUAAGAUGGGUAUAUUUAGUUCUCGAGGGAAAAAGAUUCUUAUGGCAGAUGCUGAUGGAGCCACAAAGUUUCCAGAUAUUGAAAAACUUGAAAAGGGACUGAAUGACCUACAGCCUUGGCCUGAUCAAAUGGCUAUUGCAUGUGGAUCUCGAGCUCACUUGGAAAAAGAAUCAGUUGCUCAGCGUUCUUACUUCCGUACUCUUCUCAUGUAUGGGUUCCACUUUCUGGUGUGGUUCCUUUGUGUCAAAGGAAUCAGGGACACACAGUGUGGGUUCAAAUUAUUAACCCGAGAAGCAGCUUCACGGACGUUUUCAUCUCUGCACAUUGAACGAUGGGCGUUUGAUGUGGAACUGCUUUACAUUGCACAGUUCUUUAAAAUUCCAAUAGCAGAAAUUGCUGUCAACUGGACUGAAAUUGAAGGUUCAAAAUUAGUUCCAUUUUGGAGCUGGCUACAAAUGGGCAAGGACCUACUUUUUAUACGACUUCGGUAUUUGACUGGUGCUUGGAAGCUUGAACAAACCAGGAAAAUGAAUUAGACUAUUUCAUCUUUGAUUGUAUUAUGUAUCAGUGUCACGUUAUUUCAUUUCAAAUUAAAAUUUUAAAUAAAGUUGAAAUAAAC